UCUGCUGCGGCAUGUCACCAUGCAUGAGAUCAGGCGACCCACCGUCCUCCUCCUCGUCUCCUUGGCUCUCUUCUUCUCGCUUUGUGUUACUCUUCUCCAAACCACCUUAUUCUCUCGAGUACGAGGAUCUUACCAACUUCGUGAGAAGGAUCUCCAAACGCUUGGUGAUUUCCAGACGAGAAUUCAGCAGUGUGUGGCAAGCAGAGGACUUGGAUUGACGGCACACAUAAUUGACCACUGUAAAUUGGUGUUGAAAUUUCCCGAAGGUACAAAUAGCACUUGGUACAAUGAGCAGUUCAAAACUUAUGAACCACUUGAGUACCGAUAUGACGUAUGUGAAGCCAUUCUGUUGUGGGAGCAGUACCGUAACAUGACCACCAUCUUGACAAGGGAGUAUCUAGAUGCCCGGCCUGAUGGGUGGCUCGAGUAUGCUGCAAAGCGUAUCGCUCAGCUGGGUGCCAAGACAUGCUACAAUCGUACUCUGUGUGAAGAGCAUCUUAAUAUGAUCUUGCCAUCCAAGCCGCCUUUUUAUCCUCGGCAGUUUAAGACAUGUGCAGUUGUUGGGAACUCGGGAGAUCUUUUGAAGACGGAGUUUGGACAAGCAAUUGAUAGCCAUGAUGCUGUUAUCCGAGAAAAUGAAGCACCUGUGACAGAGCAAUAUGCCAAGCAUGUUGGUUUGAAGAGGGACUUCCGCUUAGCAGCAAGGGGUGUUGCACAAAAUAUGGUAGCUGUUGCCAAUGGUUCUGCUGAUGAGGUUUUUAUAAUUAAGAGUGUGAUGCAUAGGGCCUUCAAGACAAUGAUUGAGAUGCUUCCAAAUCCAGUAUAUCUUUUUCAAGGCAUAGUCUUGCGUAGAGGUGCCAAAGGAACUGGAAUGAAAUCCAUAGAACUAGCACUGUCUAUGUGUGACACCGUUGACAUAUAUGGGUUCACUGUAGAUCCUGGCUAUACUGAAUGGACACGGUACUUUUCCUCUCCUAGGAAGGGGCAUAAUCCAUUGCAAGGGAGGGCUUAUUACCAAUUGCUGGAGUGCCUUGGCGUAAUAAGAAUCCAUUCUCCUUUGAGGGCUGCAAGGGACCAAAAUUGCUCUGACAUACCCAACAGAGAUGUGAUAAGGCAUGCUCAUACGGCUGCACUUCGACUCAAGAGAGCUCAGGAUGGUCAGCCAGAAGGUUUGGGACAGUUUGGCAGAUGUAAGGUAUGGGGCAUGGUAGGCUCAGAUGCAGGUCCGGUUUCUGGGGCACCUGACAUGAACUUAACACGGAAAAAUUCAAAUUAUAUGAAGUGGGAAGUCAUGCCAUUUGAAAAGCUAAGGAAAGAAGCCCAGGAACAUUAUAUUGAGAUGGAAGGUGUUUCACUGUACAAGAUGGAUGGCAACAGGUUGGAUGAACUUGUCUGUGUGAAACAUGACAUAAGGUCAAGGCUCAGUUCACAUUAAGCAGAUAAGAAUCUGGGUACAAGAAUAUAUUUUGCACAAUAACUGUGUAUCUGUUCAUUAAGAUAGAGAAAGCCAAAUUUUUUCCAAGAGAUAGUUCCAUCGAAGGAAUUUGAGAAAUAUAAAGUGAUGCCAUGCCAUCUGUAAAUUCUCUCCACUCGUUUGUAUAUCAUGGUGAUCUCCCCAAGUGCCAACUGCUUCUCUGUAAUUGUGAAAUUUUUCAUGUUAUCUUCUUUUGCUGAUUCAA